CAUCCCAACCUCACCUGGUGUACAUAUCAUCAAAAUGAGUCUCAUAGUCAUCAACAUGGUCAUGGUCAUGAGCAUACUAGUGGCAUCUUCACCGUCUGAUCAAGCAGAUGUCCUUACUCCUCUUUGCAUCAGUGAAUGCUCCACUUGUCCCACCAUUUGCUCUCCUCCUCCCUCUAAACCGUCUCCUCCCACGUCACCACCUCCAUCUCCCUCCUUGCCGUCAUCCUCUCCGCCACCGCCACCGCAACCGCUUCCCUCCAUUUCACCACCUCCAUCUCCCUCAUUGCCAUCAUCCUCUCCAUCACCGCCACCGCCUCACAAACACUCUCCACCACCGUUGAUCACAGUCAUUCAGCCGCCACCACCACGAUUUUACUAUUUUCAGUCCACACCGCCACCUUCACCGCUUGCUUCCGAUAUAAAAGGCUCGCCACCAUCGCCUCCGUCACCAAAGGGACAGCCAAAGGGGCAGCAGGAUCCUAACCCAUAUCCUUAUUUCUAUUUCUACACGGCAUCAAAUGCCACUUCUCUCCUUUCUUCUUCUUUCUUCACUUCUCUUUUCUAUUUUAUCUAUCUUUUUUCCCUAACGAUUCGUUAAGUGUAAUAAGACUCCUCUAUUGUUAAGUAUAUACUAAUAUACUAUUGUUUAUUCAUUUUUGGAUGUAAUAACAUAUUAAAGUCU